UGGUUCCUCCCCUUCAGAUACACACUGACGAGGACGGGUGUAACAACCUGCGGGUAAAGUCUGAAACCUGACAGACCACAUUCACUGCACUCACACAUGCUGUUCAGAUCACAGCUCACACUAGUUUUAACUGUCAGGAAGUGAAACUCAGACACUCGCUGCCACUGAGAGGAGAAAUGGCGCAGAAAGGAGAUCAGCUAGACCGGGAAAUCCUAUCUUGUCCCAUCUGUCUGGAUCUACUGAAGGACCCGGAGACGACUUCCUGUGGACACAGCUACUGCAUGGAGUGUAUUAAAGGCUUCUGGGAUGGACAGGAUGAGAAGAAGACCCACAGCUGCCCUCAGUGUAGGCAGAGCUUCACACCGAGGCCUGUCCUGCUGAAAAACACCAUGUUAGCAGCUUUAGUGGAGGAGCUGAAGAAGACUGGACCCCCCCCUGCUACUGCUGAUCACUGCUAUGCUGGAGCUGAAGAUGUGGCCUGUGAUGUCUGCACUGGGAGAAAACUGAGAGCCAGUAAGUCCUGUCUCUUGUGUCUGGCCUCUUACUGUGACAAACACCUCCAGCCUCAUUAUAACGCAGCUCCAUUAAAAAAACACAAGCUGGUGGAGCCCUCCAAGAAGCUCCAGGAGAACAUCUGCUCUCGUCACGACGAGGUGAUGGAGCUGUUCUGCUGUACUGAUCAGCAGUGUAUCUGUUCUCUCUGCUCUAUGGAUGAACAUAAAGGUCACGACACAGUGUCAGCUGCAGCAGAGAGGACUGAGAGGCAGAGAGAGCUGGAGGGGAGCCGACAAAACAUCCAGCAGAGAAUCCAGGACGGAGAGAAAGAGGUGAAGCUGCUUCAGCAGGAGGUGGAGGCCGUCAACCACUCUGCUGAUAAAGCAGUGGAGGACAGUGAGAAGACGUUCACUGAGCUGAUCCGUCUCAUGGAGAAAAGAAGCUCUGAUGUGAAGCAGCAGGUCAGAUCCCAGCAGAAGAUGGAAGUGAGUCGAGUCAAAGAGCUUCAGGAAAAGCUGGAGCAGGAGAUCUCUGAGCUGAAGAGGAGAGACGCUGAGUUGAAGCUGCUGUCACACACAGAGGACCACAACCAGUUUCUGCACAGCUACCCCUCACUGCCAGCCCUCAGUGAACCCACACACUCAUCCAGCACCAACAUCCGUCCCCUGAGCUACUUUGAGGACGUGAUGGUGGCCGUGUCAGCAGUCAGAGACAAACUAGAGGACGUCCUGAGAGAGGAAUGGACAGACGUCUCAUCCACUGAAGUGGAGGUUUCUCUGUCACCAGCAGAGCCCACCACCAGAGCUGGGUUCUUAAAAUAUUCACAGGAAAUCACACUGGAUACAAACACAGCAUACACACAGCUGUUAUUAUCUGAGGGGAGCAGAAAAGCAACAUUAGUGAGACAACAUCAGUCUUAUUCUAGUCACCCAGACAGAUUCACUGACUGGCCUCAGGUCCUGAGUAGAGAGACUCUGAGUGGACGCUGUUACUGGGAGGUGGAGUGGAAAGAGAGAGGAGUUUGUGUAACAGUCGCAUACAAGAAUAUCAGCAGAGCAGGGGGGGAGAGUGCAUUUGGAUACAAUGAUAAUUCUUGGGUGUUAGAUUGUUUCCGAAACAAUUAUACAUUUCGUUACAACAAUAUCCACACUCCCGUCUCAGGUCCUCAGUCUUCCAGAGUAGGAGUGUACCUGGAUCACAGUGCAGGUAUUCUGUCCUUCUACAGCGUCUCUGAAACCAUGACUCUGCUCCACAGAGUGCAGACCACAUUCACUCAGCCGCUACAUGCUGGACUUCGGUUUUAUUGGGUUUAUGCAUCCACUGCUGAGUUGUGUAAACUGAAAUAGCCUGAAGUCCUUUGAGGAGCUCUUCUACUUCUUAAAGUCACCGUGUGUCCAUCAGAGCUGAUGGUUCUGUGCAGAGAUCAGCUGUCAAUCAAACAUUAUGGGGGGGCUUCAACAUCCUCUCAUGAGCUGUUCUGUAAGUGUUGGACUUUCUUACGGCUCCUUCCUGUGUCUGUGUAGCCAUGGAGGCUGUCUCUGCUCAGGAGGAUUCUUGUUAACCUGAACUGAUUUUUCUCUGCAGGAAAAUGUCAACUUUGCUCUAAAUAUUUCUUGGAUAUUUCUUUUGAUUCAUGUUGUUGCUUCUCUUGUAAUGCAGGAGUCUGAAGAGAGAAAGCAGCAGAGCUUCUUUUAUUGGAGACAUAUUCUCCCCACUCUGUAAGACAAUACAGACAUUUAUAAUCACAUGUAUUAUUCUGACAGAUUAAAUGUUAUUGUUGCUGCCCAAAUUAACCAACACAUGAGAGACCCAGAUGCUUCUAAAACUUAUUUCUUCAUCAAAUGUGUAUUUCAAAAGAUAUCACUGAUGGUCACGAUCAUUAUCAAUCAGUAAAUCAUUGAUUAUUCUCCUGUAAAUAGCUUAGAGUCUUUGUGGGGGGACACAUAUUUAAUAUCACAGUUAUUUUUUCAGAUGAAUAGUUGUUGUUGUUGUUGUUGUUGUUGUUGUUGUUGUUGUCUAUAUAGAAAUUGGGUACCUUGAUGUUUUAUAAAAGGUAAAGGAUCAUGAUAAUAAUCAAUAAGGAAAUGAUUUAUAUUCUGUUUUAAAGAGCUGAGAUUCUGGUUGAACACAUUUAUGUUGAGGAUAAAGGGAAAGUGAUCAUGAAAUCAUUGAUCAAUAGUCACUGAACAGACUCUACUGAUGAGAUGUGUGAUCAGAUUAAAUGUUUGCAUCAUUAAUAAAGGCUUUGUCUUUCAGAAAUAAACAAAGGAUGUUCUUCUUC